AUGCCUGUCCCUUCACUUGCUUCAAAUUAUCAAAAACCAGCUGGCUUACCCGUUCAUGCGGAAGACGCCAAACAAGUCAAGCUUUUUCAACCGUAUCAAUGCAAAUCUGUCAAGAUGCAUAACCGUCUUGGGGUUUCGCCCAUGUGUAUGUAUAGUGCUGCUGAUGGCAUAUUGAACGAUUUCCAUAUUGCCCAUUACGGUUCAUUAGCUCUUAAAGGGCCUGGUCUUGUCAUGGUGGAAGCUUCUGCGGUGGUACCAGAGGGACGUAUCACACCUCAAGAUUCCGGUCUCUGGAACGAUGAUCAAAUGCGCGCACUUCAACGUGUCGUUGAGGUCAUUAAGUCCCAGGGUUCUGUUCCGGGUAUUCAAAUUGGUCAUGCUGGUCGGAAAGCCUCUACCUCACCUCCUUUUAAAGGCGAUUAUGUCGAAAAAGAAUCGAACGGAGGCUGGCCUAACAAUUGUAUGGCACCUUCCGCUAUCCCAUUUGCAUCCCAUUACCCAAAGCCGCACGAAAUGACUCUAGAGCAAAUUCAGGAUACAAUUCAAGCAUUUGCCGAUGCUGCUGUAAGAGCUGAUAAAGCUGAUGUUGAAGUUUUGGAAAUCCAUGCCGCUCAUGGAUAUUUGAUUAGCACCUUUUACUCUGCCAGUUCGAACCAGCGUACAGAUAAAUAUGGGGGUUCUUUCGAAAACAGAAUCCGAUUAUUGUUGGAGAUUGUACAAAGUGUGAAGAAAGUAUGGCCCGACGAUAAACCUUUAUGGGUGCGUUUAUCUUGUUCGGAUUAUACCAACCCAGAUCCCAUGGGCGAAAGUCCUGAGGGCUGGGACAUCUAUCAAUCGGUAGAACUAGCCAAAAAAUUGAAAUCAUUGGGUGUUGAUCUCAUUGAUUGUUCAAGUGGUGGCAUCAUUAAAGGUGUUAGAUAUCCUACUGAAAAGAUGUACCAAGUACAAUUUGCCGCGAAAAUCAAACGGGAUGCUGGUAUUGAUACCGCUGCGGUAGGCUUGAUUGUAGAAGGUCGAGAUGCUGAAGACAUCUUGCAGAAAAAGGAAGCAGAUUACAUUUUAGCAGGCCGUGAAUUUCUAAGAAAUAGCGCUUUCGUGUUGGUAGCUGCUCAGGCUCUGAAUGUUGAAAUUACUUGGCCACAACAAUACUCAUGGGCCGUGAAGAAAGCCCGUCGACAAGAUCUUUUGUGCAGUAUAUCUCUUGACAUUACCAUAUUUCCUGUUAUUUCUAUGAAGCUGUUAUGGGCAAGUCCUUUGUUCUCAUAA